UUACAUGGCCCUGCGGCUCACCUGUGCAGCAGGUGAUGCUGUCCGGCGGGAGGCGCUUAUCUGAUAGUGAUUUACCUGCACGCAGGUGAGAGGAGCCCUUAUAAGUGAUGAGGUGAGAGCUGAGGCCACUUCCUGCAGCAGCUGUGUUCAGGCUUUACUUGUGGAACUGGAAAAAUGUCUGAUCCAAAAGAGUCCAACCUGCAAAAUGCGAUAGAGGUUAUCAUCCAAGUGUUUCACUCCUACUCUGGAAAAGAAGGUGACAAGUACAAGCUGACCAAAACGGAGCUGAGGAACCUGUUAAAGGGAGAACUCAGUGAUUUCCUGAGAUGCAGCAAGAACCCCAUAAUGGUCGAGAAGAUUAUGGCUGACCUGGAUGAAGACCAAGAUGGUCAGGUGGACUUCAAGGAGUUCAUCAUUCUGGUUGGUGUGCUGACUAUCGCCUGCAAUGAAUUCUUCAAAGACUGCCCUACUGACAGUGGUUCCAAUAAAGACUGAAAGUCUAAUACUCAGCAUUAAGUUGAUACCCAUUUCCUUCAACAAUUUAUAACGAUGUUGGUCAUUUUAGAGAUGUAAAGGUUUGAAUCAUUCCUUGUAAUGUUGCAUAUUAAGAUACAUCACUGCAAACCAACUGAGAUCUUCUUUUCUUUUGGUCCUUGAGAAGUCCAUCUAAAUAAAUAUAUCACCCUGUUUG